AAUUACCCUGAUUAAUUAGAGCCCGCUGCUUUUAAUCCAUGUCCAGAGCUGUGACCGCACCGGUGCGCGGCCCCACGGCAGCCACGGCGGCACCGCAGCCCUCCGACGUGCACCGGCCCGGGGGUGGACACACCGUAGAAAGAAGGACACGUGGUGAUCCCUGGAUCCCACAGAGAGACACCAUAAGGACCUCAGACCCUCCAGGGAGGUGCUCGGAGGGCGGACCCUACAGAGAGGAGCUGCGAGUCCCUGGGGAGCCCCGCGAGCAGGAGGCUCCCGGGCGCGUUUCCACAGCUGUUCCCCCCGUCCUUUCUGUCCCGUUUUGGCCGCCGUUAGCCCGGCCCAUGGGGCGGAGCUCCCCGCCCACCCGGAAGGGCCCGACCGGGACCACGUGUUGGCGGCGUCAUGGCGUCCGCGCCCAAGAGGUUCAAGGUGCGGGGAAAGCCGGGGGCUCUCGGGGAAUGGGGACACAGCGGCUCUUGAACGGUGGCGCUGAAGGGAUCCGCGGUCCGCCUCAUGACUCCUUCCCAUUCAUCCCGUAUUCCCAUCCACAGGCGGCGGUCGAGAGCGGCGCCCAGGGGAAGAGCAGUGCCGACCCCCUUUCCGGAUUCCUGGCAUGGUGCGAGCGGGCCGGGGUGGAGCUGAAUCCCAAGGUCCGCCUGAGCAGGGAGGGCGCGGUGGCGGGGUACGGGAUGCUGGCCGCCGAGGAGCUGCAGGCGGGAGAGGUGCUGUUCACCAUCCCCCGCACGGCGCUGCUGUCCCAGCACACCACCUCCAUCCACGCACUCCUGCAGGAAGCCCAGGAGUCCCUGCAGAGCCAGUCCGGCUGGGUCCCGCUCCUGCUGGCCUUGCUCCACGAGUACACAGCCAGCACCUCCCACUGGCGGCCGUAUUUCUCCCUCUGGCAGGACUUCCGGAGCCUGGACCACCCCAUGUUCUGGCCUCAAGAAGAGCGAACAAGGCUCCUGCAGGGCACAGGCAUCCCAGAAGCUGUGGACAAGGAUCUAGCUAACAUCCACCUGGAGUACAACUCCAUCAUCCUGCCUUUCAUGGAGACCCACCCCGACAUCUUUGACCCCAAACUGCACACUCUGGAGUUGUAUAAGGAGCUGGUGGCAUUUGUCAUGGCUUACAGCUUUCAGGAACCUUUGGAAGAGGAAGAAGAAGAUGAGAAGGGGCCCAAUCCUCCCAUGAUGGUGCCUGUUGCAGAUAUUUUGAAUCAUGUGGCCAACCACAAUGCCAACCUGGAAUACUCUCCUCAAUGUUUGAGGAUGGUUACAACGCAGCCCGUGGGGAAAGGGCAGGAGAUCUUCAACACGUAUGGGCAGAUGGCCAACUGGCAGCUGCUGCACAUGUAUGGCUUCGCAGAGCCCUACCCUGGCAACAGCCACGACACAGCCGACAUCCAGAUGGUGACACUGCGCAGGGCGGCGCUGCAGCGUGCCAAAAGUGAAGCUCAGCAGCAGCUGGUCUCAGAGCAGUGGGACUUCUUGUGCCAGCUGGAGAUGGUGGGGGAAGAAGGUGCCUUUGUGCUUGGCUGGGAUGAGGUGCUGACAGAGGAAGAGCUGUCCAUGACCCUCAAGGUGCUUUGCAUGUCAGAAGAAGAAUUCAAGGAGUAUAAGGAGCAAGAUGGCUGGGAAGACGACAGUGAGGAAGAGGAAAACUCUACCCUUUCAAAUGAGGCACUCUCCAGACUUAAAACCCCUUGCAAGAAGCUCCUUUAUGACAGUGUGCUGCUGACCCUGGAGUCCUAUGGGGGUGACCUGAAAGCAGAGCAGGACUUGCUAAAUAACAAGGAGGCUUAUGAGAAACUGAGUCGAAGGGAGCAGCAAGCGCUGCACGUGCGCUACGGACAGAAAAGGAUCUUGCAUCAGCUGCUAGAGCUGCUACAGUAGAAACCUCAGUGGCCCUGGGCAGGACCUGGCUGGGGCUGAUCCUGAGGGGAAGGUCAGCCUCUGGCCAUCUCUUCUGUAGCAGACAGAACAGAUGGCAACACUGACUUCGGGUCCCUUUGUCCCUCAUACAGCACAUGGGUUUUUAGCUACCUCUACAUAAAGAAGUACCUUCACAGCAAAAGGUGGUUUUGAGUGGCCUUACUGGACCAUGAGAGCUCUGGAGCACAAAUACCACCUUCUUCCAGAGGCCAUAAGAAACCUCAGCCAUCCUAAUGGCUGUUUUAGGAUGGCAGACAUACACUGCCAGAACAGCAGAAGAUAUCCCUCAUUCAUCAUCAGAAAUUUAAGGCAAGAGCUGCUCCUUGUCCAGAUUAAGAGGGCAGAAAUCCAGCUGGUAGCUCUUAGAGAGGUUCAGACUAAGUAUCUGACAGCUGGACCUGCUGACAACACUAAACUUUUCACCUGUACAGAUUUUAUGUUGAACAUUUUCAAGAGAACAGGCCCAUCUAGCUGGUCUUCAUGUAGGCUCAGUAUAACAAAUAUUUCCUUUUAAAUAUUCCUUCCUAUUUUAAGUUUUCCUUCCACAAAAGGUAUUUCUGUGUGGGCUUGAGACUACUCUGGAGGAGCACUGUCACAGUUCUACAGCUGCUGCAAGCUGAGAAUUUGAUACACACCCUCUGCUUAAUGCAGUUCUGCCCUGAACUCACUUUGGUUUUGCAUGACUAAAUACUGAUGGUUGACAGUCCAAGCUCUGUUUAAUAAAAAUGAGUUUUCUUACCCAGCCCAUGAUUUCUACUUCAACGGGGUGUGAGGCCCCAUCUAAGAGCAGGGGCAUUGUUGCUGCUGCUGCAGUUAAAGGUAUUGCAGACAAGGAAAACCCACACUCAUGGCACUCAUGACAAAGCUCAGGACAGCCCUGCCUGUAGUGCUAGGGGACAGGGUGGUUUAUCAGUACUGAGGGGAGCUUGUUCUGGUAUCUCAGGUGGGACAACAGUGAAUUGGACCAGGAUCUCACACAGCUGUGCUAUCCUUCAUAGAAAUAUUGUUAAAAUCAGUAUUUUGGUAUCCUGUGUGUCUCCAAAAAAAUCAUAUUGGAAAAUGUACAUGUCAGAGGAGUAUUACAUUUGGUAUCUUGGUUGAAGUUUGGGGUUUGGGUUAAAACUUGUUUUUUUUAGGUAUGCACAAACUUGGUGAUGACCAAAGCAUAUAAAAGGUUUGAACACUACAUAACAAGACUUUGUUAUACCUACUGUUUGGAACUGUUUGCCUGCAUGGGUGUUGGAAGUUCCAUCUCACUGGAGAAGGGCAUUUUGAGAAUUCACUUUUAGACUGUGUUUUUGGACCAUGGGGAAAGCUUGGAGGGGGAUUCACUUACUAAGAAGUUGACCAUGUGGUGGCCUUUGUAUCUAUUUGAGAAUUAGGGAAAAUGGCCUCAGAAUGGACCCUGCAAUUAAUGAUACUUUGUUGCCAGGAAGGAAAAUGAGGCAAAGUACCACAUGUUGAUCUGUUCUUUGCAUGGCAGAAUAAUGACAAGGCUUGGAAGGAAUGUGGAUUGAUGACAGCAGACUCUUAUGUUUGAGCACUAGAGAAAUAAAAAGGAAAAGUAAUGAAGAGAAUGAGGUGGAGAAGAGAAAGUAAAAGGGGAAGAGAUCAGAAAAGGGAUGGUAAAUUUGGUUGAUUGCUGUGAUAGUUGGAAGGGCAGGAGGUAAUGUAAGGGAAUCAGAUUUGAACUGGUAAAUUCCCAUCUAGCAAGAAAAAUUCAAUGUACUUACUGUAAGCAGAACAGGCACUGGAAACAAAUGCCCACAGAACCCAGGGCACAGGUAAUCCUCAAAGAUGGAGGCUCUACAAGUAGGAAGACUGCUUACACUGAGUUGGGAUUUAGACUGAGAGGCAGCUGAGAGCUCCUAAGAAUCCCCAAGAGAACUCCUGGUCUCAGUAUAUUUGGGGAAUGAAAAGGUAGAAUAUCUAAUAAAGGAGCAUCUUAGAUGUAAAGCAGUCUUCAGUAAACAAAGCACAUCUAUAGCUGGAGCUAUAGGGAGAAAGGAAAUUAGGCCACUCUUCCAGCCACUCAAAUUUGGAACUGUAAAGAGUUUUAUAAAAUUUCUGUACGUAUCCAAAUGCCCAAUGCCAUUAUUAGGAAGAGGAUUAAGUAAAUUAAAUCCAAAAAGAACCUCUGUAAAAGAACAGAUCCAAGUAAAUAAACCAGAAGAAAAAGCCCUAAGGGCACAGGUAUUUAUGUUACAGGAUCAAAAAGACCCAGAGAAGAAGAGAUAUGCAAAAAAAGACAGAAAAUGGGGUGACUCCUGUCAUGUAGGUGACUGGCACACCUGCAAGAUCACAAGAAGUAAACUGGUAACAAUCCAAUUAAAACCAGGCACCAGUCUGGUAUGAUGAAAACAAUACCAUGUCAAGUUGGAAGCUAGAAAAGGACUAAAGCCAAACAUUGAAAGAUUUAUUAGCUUUGGGUUGCUUCAGGAAUGCCAGUCAGUUUAAUACCCCAGUUCUACCAGUUAAGAAACCACAAUCAGAUAAGUAUCAGCUAGUCCAAGAUUUAAGAGCCAUAAAGCUUGCAUACAAGAUGUGCAUCAACCACAUAAAAAGACACUGAUCAAUGGUUUAGGGCAUUAGACUUGAAAGAUACUCCCUUAAAAGAUAUCCUUUUAUAUCCUACUGGAUGCUGGAAUUCAGGAGCUGUUUUUAUUUGAAGGGGAGAAUCCUCAAACAGGACUGUCAAUUUUGCUGGACUGUUUUACCACAGGGAUUUAAGAACAGCCAUACAAUUUCUGGAAAACAAUGUAAAGCUGUGUGUCCUUGGGCUUGGAAUGGGAGGCAUAGUAAAAUGUAUAGUGAAGAAGAAAUGAGAACUGUGUCCACAGUUCCAACUUCAAAAGGCUCAGCUUCAGCUCAGCUGCUGACCUGGCAAAGAAAUGCCAUGGGAUUGUAGGACCUAGCCACAAUCUACUCCUUGACAGAGGUGACUAAUACCUGGAACAGAGAGAAUUCCCUCUGAGCUGCCACCCACUGGCACAGCUGGCUCAGUGAGAUGUUUUCCUCAAUGCAGCAAAUGCAAAGCCAGGUAUGGAAUUCCUUAAACUCGAGCAGGAAAUCCUGACCUCUUUGCCCACAUUACAGCAGUCAACUAAAGCAGUCAGCUUAAGCAAGCUGAUAUUAUGUAAAAAGAAAGAAGUGAAGCUCUGUUUCCUAACAUCUGCUAGGUUAAAGGACCUUGCAGGAUUAACAGCACUGAAGCUGCCUACCCUUACAACAGCUAAGCACAGCCUUGGGCAGAUUCCUGCUGCAGGAAGAUACAGCAGGUGGAAGGCACUAGAAAUGAAACUGAUGGGCUGUCCACACUCUGUGCACCUCCACUGCAGUCUCCUGUCUGAGACAAACUGCUCAUGAACUUGCAACUAAGCCAUUUCUGUUUCCACACAACUGAUGCACUUCAAAGCAAGACCCUGUCUAGUCAUUACAUCUGCCCACUGACCUCAUGCUAGAGAACAAACCCGGCUGCUUUCAACAGGCAGUGCCCAAAACACACUGGAAAACUGCAUGUUUUGGAUGGGUGGAACAGGCUUUGGAAGACACCAACUGGCCAGGAUAGAACUGGAGAGAAUAAGCACAGUGGCACGUGCUGCAUGUCAUGACUUUAAUGUGUAACUACAGUAUGCAUACAUACAAGAGUGGGAGAACUAAAGCCCAAGAACUAGAAAGGCUACAAAAUACAACACGUGGACCAAUACUUUACAAAACAUUGAAAAUCCUUACAAAAUGGGCUGUAUUGGUCCUUUGGGUAUUUUAUUUUGUUCAAUUUUUUCUUUUUUUUUUUCUUUUUUUUUUCCUUUUGUAAGAUUUUUUUUUACAAACUUAUACUGUGUAGUCACAGGGGAGGGUGGGAAAAGGUCUAGAUUUAACCCCUCAUCUUUCAAAAUUUACAACUGUCAAAAAAAAAAAAAAAAAAAAAAAGAAACUAUAGGCCUGGUCUCUGGUUUAUUUACUGAAAACAGCUGACCCUCACCCAAAGGGCCUGUGUUUCUUCUCCAACAUAAAGGAGGCGUUCUCUGACUGCCGCUCCACUUGCUGUCUAUCAGCAUUGAUGAGGGUGAGGGGAAAGCAACACUGAACCUUAACCCUUCCCUCACCCCUCCUGUACUCCACAGAAUUCCCAUAUUCCAAACACAUCCUUUUUUUUUUUUU